AUGAAGUUCGUGUCCGUCUUCUCAGCCCUCGUGGCCUCGACGUUUGCCACGAAUGUCUCGACGAUCUAUCAGUUUCCCAACGGCACAUGGGCCGAAAACAUCGCUGCGAUGGGUAAUGGCUCCCUUCUCGUGUCAACCCUUGACGCUGCUCAAGUGCAUAUCUUCCAGAAGAAUGUUUUCGCUGUAAUCGUCGCGAAGCUCGUUCCCGGGAACGCGACGAACCCACAGAGCUUUUCCUUGUGGAAACUUGAUCUGACUGACAAGGAGGAGGGAAUCAAGAUCAGCGAGAUGUCUGAACUACGUGACAUGGCUAUGCCUAACGGUAUGGCCACGCUGAAUCACGACACAUUGCUGUUGGCAGAUUCGAUGUAUGGGAAUAUUGCUGCGUACAACGUCGAGACUAGAAAAACAGAAGUCGUUCUGGAGGACCUUAGCUUGGCAGCCAAUCUCUCUGCACCUGGACUGCAACUCGGCGUCAAUGGGAUUAAAUCCCACAACGACUACGUAUACUACACAAACUCCGCCCAGGCUCUGGCUGGCCGCGUUCGUGUCCACCCGUCUACUGGCAGACCCAACGGCUUUUUCGAAACUGCGCGCGACUCAACUCUCAGCGGUCCCGAUGAUUUUGCAGUUGCGAAGGAUGGCAGUAUGUACGUCUCUGCGCCAUUGGCAGCACCCACAGGCGACAAGAUUCAACAUAUCGAACUAAAUGGCAAAGUUACGACCAUCGCUGAGGGUGGAUUGGUGGCGGGCUCUACGUCGUCGGCAUUCGGAAGAACGGAGAAAGACAACAGUACUCUUUAUGUGACCACUAUGGGUGGCUUUGGAACGGAUGGAAAAGCGAAGGCUGGUGGGAGGGUUGUUGCUGUAAAGCUGCAUUAGCAGGACCUGGGAUGAGUGAAGCCUCGGACUUAAGAUGGUGUUUCGAGGGUCGGGGAUUUAUGUACUUUCAGGAUACCUGAUUACCGGUCUAUAGCAGAGAGCUACAAAUCAAAGGAUCUUUAUUUUGGAACAACUGACGUCUGUAUACGAAAGGGGAAAGUUACAAGGCUUUAGAGCAUUUACGGGUAGUAAGCCAAG